AUGACAGUCCCCCUUGCCAUAUACCCGGCCGUGCUCACAAGCCUCCUCACUUGUGCUGUCUAUCGUACUCAGUACACGUCCUAUUUCCAAUUAGCCUUCUGUUUUGGAUACAUAACAAUCAACCCCUCCAAGUGCGUGUUGGGUGUGCCUUCGCUCGAGUUCCUUGGUCAUCAGGUUGACUCUGAAGGUUUGCGUCCCCUCCCCUCCAAGGUUGAAGCAGUUCGUAAUUUUCCUCCUCCAACUUCCAAGCGUCAGUUACAGCGAUUCCUCGGCAUGGUCAAUUUUUACCGUCGGUUCAUACCGAACUGUGCUGACCUCAUGCUGCCGCUCACCAACAUGCUUUCUGGUCCCAAAGGUCCCCUCGAGCUGACUGGUGAAGCACUGACCGCUUUUGAGAGAAUCCAGAAUUCGCUUGCCGAUGCCACCUUACUCACGCAUCCCGCUCCGGAAGCUCAGUUGUCCCUGAUGGUAGAUGCUUCGACCGUAGCCGUAGGUGCAGUCCUUCAACAACACCUUGCUGGUUCGACUCAACCACUUGCCUUUUUCUCCAAAAAGCUCUUACCAUCUGAGACGCGCUACAGUACCUUUGGCCAUGAACGACUUGCCAUUUACCUGGCUGUGAAGCAUUUCCGGCAUUUCCUUGAAGGUCGUGGGAUAGGCAUGAAGACUAGACCAGACGACACCACUGCAUCCUAA